GUGAUCCCCACACUUGCUUCCACUUUCCUGCCUUUCACAGCCUCAUAUUGUCAGCUGACUGUCUUAACUUAUCUUAUCUCCCUGUGAUGUGACCGACUCAUUUAAUCCUUGAUAUCAUCAACUACAACAAUUAUGGUGAAAUGGUCACAGGCGUUAUUGGGUCACAAGUGUGAUCCUUGUGACCAUUUCUUCAUCUUUGUAUCGGUUGAUGAUAGAUAGGAUCAAAUGACUAGCAGUUGAUUAACUGAUCAGCUGCAUCGGUGAUGGUAUUACUCACAUAAUUUUAUCAGGUGACUUGAUGGAAACAUUCAGUCAGAUGACAGGAAGACAGGAUCGGUCACACCCUGAGGGAUUGUACAUCAGGUUAGCACCAACAAAUUACCAGUAUUGCAUGCAUUGGGCCCUAUGAAAUGUCCUUGAAUAGUUACCUUGAUAUUUAAAGAAAAAGAGCCUGAUUUAUCUUUACUAAUGUAUGAGAUAUCGGUGCCAAAAAC